GUUUUGGUCUCAUGACGGAGAGCAAUAACGCAAGAUGAGAAUUUGAUGAGUGAAAACCCUAAAAGAAGUUUACAAGAAUCUGUGCUGCAAUCAAAUGCACAGUUCAAGCUGAAAAUUUGAAAUAAUUCGUGAGUACAUUCUUCUUCUUCUUUUUUUUUUUCCCUCAUUUGUAUUUGAUUUGGCCAUGUUUCCUUUAUGCUGCAAAAGACUGCAAUUUCAACUGGUUCCAAAUUGGAGUUGUUUGUUUAAUUGCCACUGAGAAGUACUUCUGGGUAAAUUCCUGAUUCUAAAGGAAGAAUCAUGUCAUACCUACCAUUCCCAGAUGCAUCUACAAAUAGCACGAAUUUUUCUUGUUCAUUUGCUUCUAACAUCAGUUAGCGGAAGUGUCUUCUUCUUCUCUUCUACAAGCUGGUGAGUUAAUACUUUUCACCGAUUACAAUGUGUGGUUAUCUGUAUAGAAGGCUAGUAAAUGCGCAAGUUUUACCUAAUAUUUACCGGUGUGUCGUGCAAAAUUUAGGCACUAAUCAUGUGGAUUUGUGUUUGAGUUUGUUGCCCACUAGCAUUAGAUCAUUCUCCACCAAAAUCGAACAAGUUAGAGAGGAUUACUUAUGUACUGUGUCAUACCUCAUAAACUCAUGUGGGUUGUCCCCAGAAAUAGCAAAAUCUGUCUCCAAAAGAAUCAAGCUUCAAUCUGCUGAACAACCAGAUUCGGUCCUGAAAGUUCUAAGAAACUGGGGAUUUACGACUGCACAUAUAACCAAAGUUGUUAGAUAUCACCCUAGAUUACUUUUAGCCAAGCCUGAGAGGUCAAUUUUGCCUAAAUUUGAGUUUUUCAAAUCUUUGGGGAUCACAGAUGCUGAGCUUGCGAGUGUUUGCUCUUCAACUCCUGCUAUUUUGAGUCGCAGUUUGGAGAACCUACUCAUUCCUAACUAUAAAUUCCUCAAAAGUUUGCUACUCUCUGAUGCUAAUGUUAUUAAAUCUUUUAGAAACAAAACAUGGUUCUUUCAGCAAGAUUUGACAAAGAAUGUGUCUCCAAAACUUGCAGUCCUGAAAGAACUUGGAAUGCCCACACCAUUUAUUGCACUGAUUUUAACAUGUUAUGCGCCUAUAGUCCUCCAAAAACGUGAGAAGUUUGACAAAAAUGUCAAGAAGGUUAUUGAAAUGGGUUUUGAUCCUCAGAAAUGUGGGUUCAUCCAUGCAAUGAAGGUGUUUGCCUCAAUGACUGAAUCAACUUUGGAACAGAAAUUUGACCUUUUCAGGCGGUGGGGGUGGUCUGAUGAGGACAUUAUGUUGGUGUUCAGAAAAUACCCCAUUUGUAUGAAUGCCUCUGAAAUCAAAAUAAUGAAUGUAAUGGAUUUUCUUGUGAACAAUAUGGGUUGGCAGUCCACAGAUAUUGCCUUGUCUCCAGAUGUUUUCCUAAUGAGUUUGGAAAAGAGGGUAAUUCCAAGGUGUUUGGUUAUUAAAUUUCUGCAAUCGAAGGGGUUGGUGAAGAAAAAUUUGAGCCUAUGUGCAUGUGUACACCCUGUUGAGAAGGUAUUCUUGGAUAGGUUUGUGACAAAAUACUUGGACCAGGUUCCUGAAUUGAUUAAUAUCUAUCAAAGCAAGGAAGGCUUUCAGGCUCUGGAUAUGAAUAUUUGUGUCUCUUCCAGCAAACUGUAGCAUGUCAACUUUCCAAACCUAAAAGGAUUGUAUAAUCUAUAAUUGGUCCCUGGCGUUUCUAACCAGCUCUUCCUUUCUAGCGAAUUACAGUGAAGCUUGGAGGUCAGAGAAAGAGAUGAAUGAGUUUGAUUGAAUUGAACAAUAUUACAGAUAUGAUGCUGUGAUAUUUUUGCUUGUGCAACUUCUUUGUUUGUUUGACGUGUGCUCCUGUAUAACUGUAAUUGCAAUAUUCUAUCCAUCUCCAUUGCAAUGGAGGUGGAUUUCAAGUGUGCAGUGGUGAAGUUAAAUCCCUUGAGUGAAAGAGGAUAUGUUUAUUAAGACUCAAGACAUCAGUGAAGGGGUUUGAUAGGUAGUCUUGCUUAGCUUGAACUUUAUUUUGGAGUGAAUUUUAGUAUGUCUUCUGUGCUGAUGUCCUCUGAAAAGUACUAUAUAGACAUUUUUUUGUCCAAGGUAUCAGAAACAGGUUCUGCAACUGUUUGAUAUAUUUCAAGGGAAAAUUGAUCUUUUGGAACUAGGCAUCAUCAACCGUAGCUUGUCAUUUGUUAAUUCUUUAUACACAUGAUUUUCUUAUUGUUGUUUGUUAAUUUGGGUGUCUUUGGCCCUGAACUUCUUUUAUCAGUUGUUAUUGUUUAAUUGGACAAAUUGAAAUGAAUGAAGUUGAUGAACACACAGGAGUAAUGUACUGAGUAAUUCAUGUUAUACAAAUCUGUAAUUUGGUUCUCUUGUUUGCCCCAUGUCAAUCAGAAUAUAAACAUUCCCCUUAUCUUCUCUUGAUGGAUGUUGUCGCGAGAAUUUAAUUGACAUUUGGCCAUUUGCAUAUAUCUAAUCUUAGGUGAAUUCAUAAUAACUUGUACGUAAAGGUGAGUCAUUUCAGAUCCUCUUGCCCUAAGUAAAUGU